GCCAAAACAAAGAACAAUACCAAAAUUGAGCACCACCCAGAAUCAAAAUGGCUUCCCAAUCCCAUAUGCAGUUUCAACUCAUUAGUUUCAUCUUUCUUUUAAAAAGCCAUGAAAUCACCAUUAACAUCACUUCAUAAACCUCCAUUUUCUCUCUCUUCCUCUUCCUUCUCCCACCAUAUUUUCUCUCUUUCUCAACCUUUGACCAUUUCCCUCAACACCUUCAAAAUGUCAUCUUCUUCUAAAACCCUGAUGGACUUCUUCGCUCAGUCCAACUCCAAACGUCGUAAAACUACUAACAAUGCCACCACCUUGCAGCAUGUCACUCCGUCCGUUCUCGCUAACUCUAACGAUGGCGUAAACCCUUGUGAUGAUUCUUCCAUACUCAGUGCCGAUGAGAAGUCUAGAAUGGAAUUGAAAAAAUCUAUUGCUCUGUCUAAGAGGAAUCUCCGAAUUUGCUGCAAAAAAGUUCAGAAUUCUAAAGGGGGUAAUGGCUAUGUGAAGCUAAAGGAGCUCUUAGUGGAGGAAUCAUGGUUGAAAGCACUUUCAGAGGAGUUUGAUAAACCAUAUGCUGAGAAUCUGUGCAAAUUUGUUGAAACUGAAAUAUGUGGUGGACAAGUACCCAUUUAUCCUCCUCCAUACUUGAUUUUCAAUGCUCUCAACUCAACACCAUUUGAUAAAGUCAAGGCCAUCAUCCUUGGACAGGAUCCAUAUCAUGGACCAGGACAGGCAAUGGGUCUUUCUUUCUCAGUACCUGAGGGUGUCAAGAUUCCUUCAAGUCUUGGAAACAUAUUCAAGGAACUCAAACAAGAUCUUGGAUGUAAUAUUCCAUCUCAUGGGAAUUUAGAGAGAUGGGCUGUACAGGGUGUUCUGCUGCUUAACACAGUCCUCACAGUUAGGAAUCAUCAAGCAAACUCCCAUGCUAAGAAAGGUUGGGAGCAGUUUACUGAUGCUGUAAUACAAACAAUCUCUGAAAAGAGAAGAGGAGUAGUAUUUAUUCUUUGGGGAAAUUGCGCUCGAGAAAAAUCCAGGCUGAUUGAUGAGUCUAAGCACCAUAUUCUCACAUCAGCUCAUCCUUCCGGUCUUUCUGCCAACAGAGGCUUCUUUGGAUGCAGGCACUUUUCUCGUACAAACCAGAUUCUGAAGCAGAACGGGGAAUUGCCUAUUGAUUGGCAGUUGUGAUACUGAUAAUUAGUAGUUUAUCGUUUCAUAUAUGUUGUUAAGUAGGCUGGUAAGCUUGUCGCUUGCCCUUCGUUGUGAUCUCAGCUCAAGCUUUUUAAAUGUAUGGUUGGGUUAUGUGCGAAGCAGAUGAGCAAAAACUAUGGUGGGAUUCACUUAUAUGGGUGUUAGAGUAAGGUGACUAUCAUCCAAACAAGUAACAACAAAAUGGAUCUUGUAGCAGUAUUAAGUUGAAUAUCAAGGAAUGUAGUGUUGUCCGAUGGAGGAUAGUGAAGCCUCCUAAUUUUGGGUUUUGGUACUCACGAUUAGUAAAGCAAUUAGAGAUGAUCCACCAAAUCUUUUGUGCUUGAUUUUAUGAUUGUCAUAGUUAAAGAAUAUGCACACGCAACUAACACUCACAACUAGCAAGUCUAAUUCAGCAUCAAACCGUAGCGUGUCUUACCAAGUUAUAACUUCACAUUGUCUCCAAUUGUUUUCUGGCUUUUUCUAUAUUUCGUUUCUAUGAAGUAAAG